AUCGGAGGGAGGAAAAACAAUGGCAGAUUCCAAAGCAGUUACCAUCAGGACCCGAAAGUUCAUGACUAAUCGCCUUCUAUCGCGCAAGCAAUUCGUGAUCGAUGUUCUUCAUCCGGGAAGGCCAAAUGUGUCCAAGGCUGAGUUGAAAGAGAAACUAGCGAAGUUGUAUGAUGUUAAGGAUCAGAACUCGAUCUUUGUGUUCAAAUUCAGAACGCAUUUUGGCGGUGGGAAGUCUACUGGGUUUGGCCUGAUAUAUGAUUCUGUGGAGAGCGCUAAGAAGUUUGAGCCCAAAUACCGACUCAUUAGGAAUGGAUUGGCCACAAAGGUGGAGAAAUCAAGGAAGCAGAUGAAAGAAAGAAAGAACAGAGCUAAGAAAAUCCGUGGUGUGAAGAAGACCAAAGCUGGAGAUGCUGCUAAGUCGGGCAAGAAGAAAUGAAUGAUGUAUUCGGCUACUUAUGAGAUUAUAAUUUACAAUCUUUUAGUGCUUUGAGUGAUUUUGGAUUUUGGAACUAUUUCAUUAGUCUUUUAUAGUUUGUGAUGUUAAAUCUCUUCUAAA